AUGCAACUUCCUGACCGAAAGGGAUUUAAAUGCGGUAUUCUGUACUUGUUCUUGCAACUCUUUCUUACGAGAAAGAAAGUCAAGGCCGGAAAGGAAGAAGUUUCCAUCACAAAAGUGAUAUUGAGGACAGUUUCCUUAGAAAAAUUCGAAUGUGGGUCGUGGGCAUGCAUCAUCGGCGCCAUAUGUCGUGGCAGUGAAGAGGGCGGAGACUCCAAACGUCUAUAUUUCGAUCUGCCUAUGGAGUUAAUCCGAAGCAGCGUGACUGACGAUGCAAAUGCACCAGUUACAGCAGCUUAUGUCUUCGAGAAGGAUUGCAAAGGAAUUCUCAAGAAGAAUGGAUCCACAAGAUCAACCGCAACGGCCACAAAACCAGAUGCAUCAUCGGGUCGACAUAUUCGUUUUUCCACAUCGUGCCCUGAUUCCACGGCUUUAUGCAUUUCGCCUUGA